AUGGUAAUAGAUGUUGCAGAAGUUACCAUGAGUGAUAGUUUAUCGAAGGUAAUGAUUGAUAUUACAGUUAAUAGGCCAGAUGGUAGUGGAAAACUUGUACUUGAUGGCGAUGAACAGUUACAGGAAAUGUUUUUUUUGUAUAGAAAUUGUAAGGAGAUACUUGUAUUUGUGAAUGUUGAAGUUGGGUCUCAGGUGAGACUGUCACCUCCUCCAGAUGUAGGAAUAGGCGAAGAGCCUAAUGUUGAUGACAAUGAACCUAAUGUUCAAAAUGAUGACACGGAUGCAAAUAGGCAUGAAGUUAAGCAUGACAUUGUGGAUGAACAUACGGGUGGUAGUGGUGAAAAUGAUGACAGGGGUGCAAAUAGGCAUGAAGUUGAUGAUGCGAAUGAUGACAAUGUUUAUGUUGAUGGUGAUGAUGCCCCCAAUGUUAGUUAUGAGUACAAUGAUGAUACCAUCAACACACAAUUAGAUGAAAACUGUGACGAUGAGUUUUCUGAUUAUCAAUCAGGGGAUGAAGGAUAUGUUAGUAAUACAAAUUCUGAGGAACUUGAGGUUGACGUGGAUGAAACACAUACAAGGGGUAGGAAAAGGAAGUGCAAUGUCAGUGAUACUUCAAGAUUUGGAGUGGAGUUUAGUGUUCCUGAAGAUGGAAACACUGAUUGA